AUGCUUGUUCCUGCUAGAGGCAUACUUGCCUCCUUUGCAAGAUGGUUCGAUGUUGUCAAGGAUCGCCGGGAUCUGGGCAUUAUGCUUAUUUUCCCAUGUAUUCUAAUAGUUGGUCUUGUGGUACGAUUCAUUUUGUGGGUGGUAGGAUUGGAUUUAAAUCUCAUCAACAUGCCACUUAUCAGCCGGAAGGGUGUGUUAAAUCGAUACUUUGCGGGUCAUUCGUUUCAGCUUUUCGCACUAGAAUUCAGUAUCAUCACAGCAUACCUAUUGUUUUUUAAAUCAGAGACUAUUAAGUAUUCAGACUCGGCUUCAUUACUUCCUGUGACUGAACGUGAUCUGCGAGCAACAACUACUAAGAAGCAAGUUUUGGCAAAGCAGGUGCUGAAACUUGUACUGGUGUUUGCCUGGAUCAACAUCUUGAUAGUCUGGUUUUUCGGUGAUUCGAUUUUCGGAUGGUUUUUGAAAUUUACCGGCGGUAAAUGUUCGAAUGGAAACGGAUCGCUUAGUUAUCAUCAAUGUUUGGCAGAUGAUGAUAACACUUGGGUUGGCGGUGUCAAGCUUAGUGGGCAUUCGUUGAUUUUGAGCUGCUUCAGCACUGUUUCGAUCUUUGAACUACUCAUAGUGAGGAAAGUUCAUUUGAGAAACAGACUCGAGGGAGUAUUGAACACGCAGCAUAACGUUUCGUCUAUUGCUUACAAAGUUAUCUUAAUUAUGGUUUGUGCGGUUGUCUUGAUAUGGAUGGCAAUGUUUUCCAUAACGGCUGUAUUUUACCACACUGUACCGGAGAAGAUAGUUGGAUUAGCCUGUGGUUUGGCUCCAUCGUAUGUUGUUUACUUUCGGUUCAGGGAUUAUUUUAAUAUCUUGAAGUAA